GUUCUAAAUAAAAUGGAGAGAAGCAAGCAAAAGAACCGGCAACACUGGAUCACAGCCGAUACAACUUUCCGUGGUUGCGUUUGAUAACACCAUUUCUAAGUUACGCGUUAAUUUUGGGUUUUUGUGUGAUUUUCACCGUCAUUAUCGAAAAUGGAGGAACGUGACGACGCGGAAGUUGAUAAUAAAUUGGAGCAAGAGGAAGGGGACGCGUCAGAAACUCAACCCGUGAGUUGGAAGGAUUUGGGUCUCGUGGAAGUCCUCUGUAAAGCUUGCGAACAGUUGCAAUGGAAAACGCCUUCCAAAAUCCAGCGGGAAGCGCUUCCCGUCGCCUUUCAGGGGAAAGACAUAAUAGGACUGGCGGAAACGGGAUCUGGAAAAACCGCGGCGUUUGCCCUGCCAAUUUUGCAAGCGUUGCUGGAGCAUCCGCAGCGUCAUUUUGCGUUAAUUUUGACCCCCACCCGAGAAUUGGCGUUUCAAAUAUCCGAGCAAUUCGAAGCAUUAGGCGCCGGGAUUGGAGUUAAAAGUGCCGUUAUCGUCGGCGGUAUGGACAUGAUUACCCAAGCGCUGGUUUUAGCCAAAAAACCACAUGUUAUUAUCGCGACGCCCGGCAGAUUGGUCGACCAUUUGAAGAAUACCAAAGGAUUUAAUUUGAGGGCUCUCAAAUACUUGGUAAUGGACGAAGCGGACCGAAUUUUAAAUAUGGAUUUCGAGGUGGAGGUGGACAGUAUUCUGAAAGUUAUCCCGAGGGAGCGUCGCACGUUUUUGUUCUCCGCCACGAUGACUAAGAAAGUUAAAAAAUUGCAGAGGGCGUGCUUGCAGGAUCCGGUCAAAGUGGAAGUGUCGACCAAGUAUCAAACGGUAGAUAAGCUGUUGCAGUAUUAUAUAUUUAUCCCCGUAAAAUUUAAGGACGUCUAUCUUGUGCACAUAUUAAACGAGCUGGCCGGCAACAGUUUCAUGAUUUUCUGUUCGACAUGCAACAACACGAUCCGGACCGCCUUACUGUUACGUUAUCUGGGGUUCACCGCAGUGCCCCUUCACGGUCAAAUGUCCCAAAACAAGAGGCUCGCGGCGCUAAACAAAUUUAAAGCCAAAAAUCGUUCGAUCCUGAUAUCGACCGACGUGGCCAGCAGGGGCCUCGACAUUCCCCACGUAGAUAUAGUGAUAAAUUUCGAUAUACCCACGCACAGUAAAGAUUACAUUCACCGUGUCGGUCGUACCGCCAGGGCGGGUCGAUCCGGCAAGGCCAUCACUUUUGUUACUCAGUACGACGUGGAACUCUACCAGAGAAUAGAGCAUUUGGUCGGGAAGCAGUUUCCUCUCUUUAAGACCGAGGAGGACGAGGUGAUGGCGUUACAAGAACGGGUGGCAGAGGCUCAGAAGAGAGCUAAAACGGAGCUCAAGGACUUGACAGAAAAGAAGGGCAAAAAGAGGAAGGGCGGGGAUGACGACGACGAUACGGAAGGCGCCCUCGGAGUGAGAAAGAGGAUAAAGGGUGGCAAGAAGAAAAAGAGGAAAUGAGACCUAUUUUAAGUAGUGUUAUUUUUUUAUUAAAAAAAUAAAAUGUGUUGACAAUUUUUGGUAUAAUUU